CUCCAUUUCCACUCUUGAGGCUUCACCCCAAAUCGUAGGCGGCAAGCUACAAUCUAACAAAAGCGCACCAUUUUGAACACUUAACACUUAAAAACGGCGACGUAUUAGAGAAACGCAACACUGCUGAAACACCAUCUCUACUCUCUAGUCUCUACUGCUCCUCCCAUAGUUGUCAAUUUUCCCGCGCAACAUCUGCAACUCAACUUCACUCCGCCUAACUUUCAUAUUUUCUCUCUCCUCUUCUCUUCUCUUCUCCACCAUGGCUCCCAAACCCGACAGCGCUGAAGGUAUAGUACUCAACUUCGUCAACGAGCAAGAUAGGCCUUUAAAUGCACAGAAUGCUGCUGAUGCAUUGCAAAAGUUCAAUCUCAAAAAGACUGCAGUUCAAAAAGCUCUUGAUUCACUCGCUGAUAGUGGAAAGAUUGCGUUUAAAGAGUAUGGCAAGCAGAAGAUCUACAUUGCACGUCAAGACCAGUUUGAGAUUCCAAACAGUGAAGAGCUUAAUCAGAUGAAGGAACAGAAUGCUAAAUUACAGGAACAAGUUAGCGAACAGAAGAAAGCAGUUAGCGAGGUUGAGGGAGAAAUCAAAUCCUUACAGUCAAAUUUGACACUAGAAGAUAUGCAAGCCAAGCUGGGAAGGCUUAACACAGAGGUUGAGGAAAUGGAGGAUAAGUUGACUAAAUUGCGUGGAGGAGUCACCCUUGUGAAACCAGAGGACAGGAAGGCUAUUGAAGAUCUUUAUGUGAAUGCAAUUAGUCAUUGGAGAAAGCGCAAAAGGAUGUUCAAAGACAUAUGGGAUACAAUAACUGAAAAUUUACCGAGGGAUUUAAAAGAGCUUAAGGAGGAACUCGGCAUUGAAUAUGAUGAAGAUGCUGGUCAGAAUUUGCAGUCUUUUUGUAAUUUGAUGCCACAAAGCAAAAAGCGGGGAAGAGGUCAGUAAAGUUCAUGCUGCAGUCAAUGCUGAAGUUUUACUAGUGGCUUGCGACAAAGUUCGUGGUAUAUAUUUAUGCAUUUGGGAAGUAUUGUACCAGAAUAGAUCGUUCAGGUACGCUGGAUGUUGUUGGUUUUCAUCAGGAAGUUUUACUAGAACUAUAAUUCAUAGUUGUAAAAGCAGUUUCACUUAUUAGUGUUUAUAAGCUUAUAUAUGCUUGAUAUCUAUAGAGUCCUCUAUUAUGUACAGUGUAAUCAACAUAACUUAAGUAUACUGGAUUACUGGUUACUUAUUACCUACCUACCCAAGAAACUUUAUCUGAACUGCUUGCAUUAUUUAGUGAAAACAAGAUUAUCUCAAUGAUGA